CCCCAUCAUUCUCCACGCUGCGAAAAGAUCCGUAGACGAAACUUUGCAGGAGACUGGACAAAGUCAUACCCUACGCCUGUUUCCUUCACAUCAUGCAGAGCAGCAGCAGCAGCCACCGCUGCAGCGCUUGCCUUCAAUGCGGAGAAGACUUUAGGCACACCAGGGCUAGGACAGGGGAAUUAGUAAGGGGUUUUGUGGACGAGGCUGGUAUAGCAGACAGAUUUCCCGGGUUUCAGUCGGGAGCCAUUGGCUCAAACUUGCUCGCACUAUGUAAACGUUCGGGUUGUCUGCUGGAGCUGUNUAAGGGGUUUUGUGGACGAGGCUGGUAUAGCAGACAGAUUUCCCGGGUUUCAGUCGGGAGCCAUUGGCUCAAACUUGCUCGCACUAUGUAAACGUUCGGGUUGUCUGCUGGAGCUGUACAAGAAGCACGAGUGGGCACGAAGCAGGGAACGCGUAGCGCGGAAAGCAAAGCAGACGCCGCGCCAUAGCCGGACCUGGAGCGCCGCUCCUGAGCCUGUCACGCACGACAAACGCCGGCGGUUGGAUCGGUACUGUACUUCGCCGGGGGCGGUGGACGCCUUGUAGGAUGCUGUUGAUAUAACGGGUUGUGUUUUGGACAUGUGCGGAGGACCUGAAGACGCGGUGGCACUGGGCUUUGGGGGCACGUGUGAAGUUCUCACGAACGACGUGAGCUCGAGGCUAUCGCCAGCCCACCCCGGAAAACAACCUGACUGGGUCGUCACGAGCCCUCCGUACAAGGGUGCUGUGGGAUUUGUCAAGGCGGUUUUGGCGGUAGCGGCGAAAGGCGUGGCGCUCAGAUUGCCGCUAUCGUUCCGGAAACCUUGUGCCGACCGGGGUAGCUGGCUUGUAGAUAACCCCCCGGUGAUGUGCGGUUUUUUGCGGAGAGCUAAGUACACACAUGCUCACCAUGUGAAGGUCGGAGAAUUUUGGGGCGUGUGGUACACCGAUGGAGGCUGCGGCAAGAGCGGGGGAUCGAGGCUUGUGUUCUGCCCUGAGUAGAGGGUGCUUACAGGAGGGCCGCCGGGCGACCUGACGUUCAAAGAAUGUUGUUUGUCGGUGGCGUUGAUUGAAUGCAGAAUAGUCUAUAUCUGCGUGUUCCGCGAAGGGUGCUAAUUUUCGCGCUCUUCGAAAAUAUCAACUCAAAACCGCCCGCGGUUCAGUCACUACACGGACUUUUGUGGGUUGAAUGUUGUUGUGGAAGUGCAUCGCAGCUUCGCCUACACAGGUGCACCCCGUGAGCAAGAGGUGUAGUCCAUGACAACACGGUAUUCAUCCUCGACUUCAAGUGCAUCGAUGUAGACCAUUUGCGACACGUCCGCUAUUCCGCUCGAUACACCAACAUUCCAGUUUUUUUUUUUUCAUCACACGUUACACAGAUCUUUCAUUUGUCCCCUCCCCGCACGAGUCAACAACCAUUCCGCCGGGCGAUACAAUCAACUGCUCUCGGCCACUGGCCCAAUCCAUCUGGUCGCGCUGCUCGUCGUACUCUGCAACGUCAUCCUCCUGAAAUCCACCAAUGGUCAUGCCCCCGCCCAAACCGCCGACACCAUGCAAAACGUCACCCUCAUCACUGGAUUGAUCGUCGUCGCUCUCUUCUUCAGAUGAUUCCUCCCCACCUCUAUCGAAUAGCAUGAGUCUAUCAUCGACCGCUUCUAUGCAGCAAGCGCGUUUACAUUUGCAC